AACCUUGCGAAAUUUCCUCACUGUAUACUGCUAACGCGAGUAGGUCAAUUCUACGAGUCAUAUUUCGAGCAAGCCGCGGAGUUAGCACGGCUGUUGAAUAUCAAGUUGACGACGAGAAAUUGGGGAGGCAAAAGAGUGCUCAUGUGCGGCUUUCCUCUGAUGCAUCUCGACAAAUAUUUGAAGAUCUUAGUUCAACAAAACAAGCGAUUCGUCGCUUUAUGUGAAGAAUUCCAUCGCACCCCUCUUUUGGGCGCGAAAGGGGGCUUUGAUAGACGCGUUACUCGUGUCGUGACUCCUGGUACACUGAUCGAUGAGCCCUUCUUAAACCCUUAUGAAAACAACUAUCUCUUGGCUAUCGGUAUUUCUGACUGCCACCACCCAUCUGGGGAACUCGGCUUGGCUUGGAUAGACGUCUCCACUGGCGAGUUCUUCACCAAUGCGUCCACUUCUGAUAUGCUACGUGAUGACCUCGCUCGUAUUGGUCCUCGGGAGGUUGUCUUGCACUCAAGCGUAGCUGCCGAACAUCCUGUUCGAAAAACCUUGACUGAAGAAGGCUACCUUGUCUCCCACAUUGAAGUCGAACUGCCUGCACAACACGUGGAUAUCGGACCGCCAGGAGAUUCAAGCCCUUCUGCACAUGAAGGUCUUGCUAUCGCCUUGUUGACUGCAUACAUGCAGGCAAACCUCCUGGAGCACAUGCCUUCUCUUCAUCGACCAAACAGAGAUAGUGCCGAGAGUCGGAUGCAGAUCGAUGCUCAUACCAUCAAGGCGCUGGAGAUACGUGAAGGGAUGCGCGAAGGAGGCACCACUGGCAGCCUGAUGAGUAUCGUCAAACGUACGGUCACCAGCGGUGGUACUCGUCUCCUAGCGAGGUGGCUAUGCUCCCCUAGCACGUCUCUAACGGAAAUUAAUGCCCGGCAGUCUCUUGUCGCAUUCUUCGAUAGCAAGCCAAGCCUGCGGGAGGACCUUACUAUGACAUUAAACGGCUUAGAGGACACCACCCGUCUAGUCCAGAAAUUCUUGUCUGGUCGUGGCGACGCCCAUGAUCUAUCUAGUAUAAGCUCGACCAUAUCCACAUGGACUUCAAUCACAAAUCGGCUUGACUUGGAGAAACAGAUGGAAGAGGCCGAGCAUGCUUCCAUCAGUAUAGAGGGUUGGACCAGCGUCGACCUUCUCGUAUCUAGAUUACAUAACCUCCAGCAUCUGGCCGACCGCAUCAAUGGCGCUCUACUUACUUCCCAGGCAACAUCUCGCGAGCCGGGAGAGAGCAGUGGUGCAGUUGAAGACCCUGGCGGAGACGAGAUCUCGCUGAAUGCAUUCGCCGCGUUCAGAUACGGCACCAUGAGUAAGUGGAAUAUCCACCCAGAGUAUUCAGAUUCUAUCCGAGCUCUGCACAGCAAACUUCGAGAACUACUGAAACUCAAGGACGAACUGGAGGAGCGACUUCGACGAACCUAUGACGCCCCUUCGUUAACCCUGAGGUCAUCGCCAGGACACGGCAUGCAUGUACAUCUGGCUCGCAAACGAGAGCAAGGUAGCAUUAAAGACUCGCCCCGCUUCGUACCCAUGUCUGAAAGCGGAACCACAAGAACGUUCUUCCUUCAGGAAUGGUCACUCCUCGGUGCUGAGAUAGUCGAGACAACAAUAUCGCUCCAGCUUGCAGAAAAGGAGGCUGUAGAGACAUUGCGUAACGAGGUCAUUUCAUGUUCGACGGCCUUGCGGAGGAAUGCCCGUGUCAUCGACGAACUGGAUGUUACUCUUGGCUUCGCUACACUCGCUAGCGAACUCAAUUUCGUGAGACCGACAGUAACUGAAGACAACACGUAUAGUGUCGUCAAUGGUCGUCAUCCGACGGUGGAACUGGGACUGCUUGCUUCAGGACGCGUUUUCACACCGAAUACCGUGCUGAUUGACCAAAACUCCCGGUUACAGAUCAUCACAGGACCCAAUAUGGCGGGGAAGUCCACGCUGCUUCGUCAGACUGCCCUCAUCACGAUCCUGGCCCAAACUGGGUCGUUUGUACCUGCCGACUCUGCCAAGAUAGGGAUAGUCGAUAAACUCUUCUCAAGGGUGGGUGCCAAAGAUGAUCUGUUCCGGGAUCGCAGCACCUUCAUGGUAGAGAUGCUGGAGGCUUCUGAUAUACUGCGCCGAGCCACCUCCAAGAGUUUGGUGAUUAUGGACGAAGUGGGCAGAGGGACGACCGUCAAAGACGGACUGGCCAUCGCGUUCGGCGCAAUCUGUCAUUUGUAUUCACAGAACCGAUGCAGAGCUUUAUUCGCCACCCAUUUCCAUGAAUUAGCCGAUAUGCUCGGUUAUCACGAUGGUCAUGGAGGGCAUGACGUUUUCUAUGAUGUUGCAUUCUUUUGCACGGACGUGGACGAGACAGAGGAUGGACACUUCGCAUACUCGCAUCGCUUGAGGCCAGGUAUCAACCGUGAUAGUCAUGGCCUCAAGGUUGCGAAGUUAGCUGGAAUGCCGGAUUUCGCCUUUGCGGUUGCUAAAGAGGCUUUAGCAUGUCUGAAGAGUGGAAAGAAUGCUAUGACUUCAGCCGACUUGGCCACCUUGGGAAGGGCUUUAGCAAAUGACAUGAAACCAGGAUGA